ACCCUUGUCCGCACCCACACACCUCCGUAUAAACAGACUCUGCACAUCAGCGCUGCUGCACGUAUUAUUCGACUCUGCGCAGGACGCGGUUUUAAUGUUUUUCUGAUGUUUUACGGUGUCGCUCUUUUACUCGCAACGCUUUAGUCGUGACCCACAAUUUUCCAAAGGAAAAAUGGCAGAAUGGAAGACGCAGGUAACUUACAAUUACAACCCGUCUUAUCAUACCUACGCCUACAGUCUCGUGUAUCAGUCGGUACCCGAACAGAACCAUGGAAACCUGCCUGCCUGGGGCGACAACGGAGUCCCGGACUACAAUGACGGGACGCCGCAGAAUCUUUGCACCGCCGUCGCUCCCAUCACCGCUAUGAACGGGAAAGAGUCUCCGCCACGCAGCCCCGAGGCCGUGACGGAAAGUUAUCAGAGUACCGGCCUCGUUUAUCUCGAUGGCACCCAGGCAGACCAUCUAGCUGAGGCCUAUGGAGACGGAGGGGGUGAGGUGAAGCGAGCCAGGAGUGACUCAGUCAGCGACUCUGAAGCGCACACUUCACCUGAUUCUUGGAGCUCUGUCAGCAGCCGUGAAGGAAGUCUUCCUCAGGUGGACCCCGCUAACUGGGUUGAGAAGGAUGUUGAUGAGGAGCCCGUCAUCAGAAGCCUGGAUGGCAAUGAGGAUGUUUCCAGCUCUUUCAUGGAGGAGUCCCGGAACUUGGCUGCACACGGGAACGGGGACGGGAAUGGGAACGGGAACAACUCAAUCCCUGCACCCCUUCCUGCCCCAAUGAAGCCUACCACCAAUACUGCAGCUACUCCUAAAGUGAAGGUCCGGGCAGCCUUUACAGAGAGUCAGAUGAAUGCUCUCGUCCAGCGCUUCAGUGUUCAGCGUUACCUCACUCCAGCUGAGAUGAAGAACCUGGCAGAAAUGACUGGACUGACCUACAAACAGGUGAAGACCUGGUUUCAGAACAGGAGGAUGAAGCUCAGGAGGCAUCAGAAAGAUACCAGCUGGGUGUCAGAGCGUUAUGCCGUCCACAAGGACACGUCCAUCCACAGACCGGUCUUGUCCAACAUGGCCUCUCACAUCCCACCCUAUCAAGGAGAUGGUCGGCCCCAGUUCAGGGAUCAUUACAACCAGCAUUCGAUGGAGGCAGCUUUUACGAAGACCCCACCAAAUCUGGCCUACUACCUUGCAGCUGUGGGCGGCGCAGCUGGAUCCGCUGGCUAUCCAUCUUGGUCCACUAAUGCGUCGCAGGCCACUGUCCCAAACCAGGCCCAUAAUGCUAGGUGGUCCGUACCACAAGGAGGUGGUCCCUUUGAUUACAGCCCCAACGCGUUCAACUCAAAUAAUUACAUGCAUGCUGCACGCUAUGAUAGCAAAGAGGGGGAGUCUGUAAACAGCGCCCUAAGCACAGCUGUAAUUCAUAAUGGAAACCAGUAGCUAGUGGAAACCGUUAGUGAUUCAUUGAGAUGUUGAUGGCGAUUUUCAAAGUGGCUCACCUCAUUUUGUAGUGAAAUGUGAUUUUAAGCAGAUUGCAUUAUUCUGCAUCUGAUUUCAAUGUACUACUUUUUUUUCUUUCCCUAUUGUUUUAUUCUUAUAUGCAACUAUUUUAUGUGUGUUCUGAAUACUUCGUCACAGCAGAUGCGUCCAAGCUGGAUGCACUUUGAGCAAAAGGUUCACUGUGAUGCAAAGUAAAAUACUUGACAUGCAAAAUUAUGUAAAUGCAUUUAUUACAUCAGAAAUGCAGGUUGAAUUUACAAGGUCAAGUUUUGUCUUCUUAAUUUUUGUGUCAAUGUAUGGGUAAGUUUCUAUGGGUUAAAAUCUUUUAAAGUGGUGGUGACAAAUGAUUUUGAUCAUUUAUCUGUUGAAGAUUAAAGAUUUGAAUUUUUUUUUUUACUCUGGUUGGAUUUUUUUUUAGUUCAGAGUGUUUUGCAGCUUUGCAAUCAUAUGGAGUUUGAAUUCACUCCCAACUUCCAGAGGAAGUUAUGAAAAUAAAAGCAAGUCUCUGACAUUCAAAGAUGAAAUUCCAAUUUGAUAUUUAAGCAUCUUUAAAGAAGCCCUAUUGCCCAGGGCUGAUUUUAAGUGUGAUUCCAUUGAAUGUCUUUACAACUACGACAGUUGUAUGGUAAUGGUGAAGACUUGCUUUUUCUUCUUUUCUUUUUUUUUCUUUUUUUUUUUUUUCUUUUUUUCUUCCCCCUUUGCUGCACAUUAAGUCUCAGUGAUAUUGUGACUGCUGUUAAAAUGUGUAUUUUCUUAUGUGCUUCCAUCACAUUCUGCAUUUUGAGAAAAUACUCUGUACAACAAGCUAAAUAUUACACUGGCUUGUAAAAUGAGAGGGAAGUAGCCUUUUUUUUGACUUGAUUAUUCCACAGACUGAUAUUGCAAUGAUGUUGUGCAGCCUUACUGUUACUAUUGGUAAGGUUUAAUUUUGGCACAUUUAAGUCUGUAUUGGAAAAGCCGAAUAAAACCAUUUGUUAUGUUACAUCA